AUGUAUCUUCAAGAAACUAAUCAGAGUCUGAUGCUAAUACAUUUAGUUGUCAUUCUUUUCUCGAUCUUCAGGAUCAAUGUUGUCGCAGUUCCGACCAAUUCAAAUAGUGUGACAUCUGGUACACCGGUGAUAAUGAAUGAUACAAGUCGACAUCUACUAGGUAGAAAAUCAAGUUUGGCUACUGCCAUCGUAAAUAGUCAAGUGCUAACCGUCUUCAGUUACCAAGGCAAUCAAAUUUACGUCUAUCAUGCACUAUCCAAUGAAAAUGACAAUGCUCAAACGCCUCAAAAGUGGAUUUUCUAUUUCGUACCGAUUAUGCUACCAUUUCAGACGGACAAUACAAAUGAUGAAUGGAUAUUUGCAGUAAAUAGCGAGAUCAGAGUCAAACUUAUGUUGAGCAAUCCAGAUGUUGAAGAAAUGGCUAGAAGAGCAAUAAUAAAAAAGUACCCUCUUUCCGUUGCUCAGUACUCGAAUUACUGGGAUGUGGUUCCAUUGAUGAUUGAUUCACUAACAGCCUAUAUUGUCCGAGGCACUAAUUUGCCUGUUGAAGGUGUCUAUCCGUACAAAGCUCUUCAUCCAAAUCAGUUGACAAUGAUAUGUCGCUUUCAAUGCUCUUCAGCAGAAAAUGCAAAAGACAUCGUAAAAAACAUUAUCGAUGGAUAUUAUGAAAUUGAGAUGGCAUUUCGCUUUGCUGGUUUCAAACAAAUCUCGACGAAUAUGAUUUCCAUCACCAGUGACCAACUCAAAAGUGUGCUCAGCAAAACAAUCGCCGAUGGUGGAAACAAAAAUGCACAGUAUAUUCAUCGAAACCAAGGAACAUCAUUUUUGAGCAAAUACUUUAUAAAUGUGAAGAAAAUGAUUUAUAUGGAAAGAGAAAACGUAAAUAUGUCGUCAUUAUCCUCUGGCUUAGAUGAUCAAUUCAUUUCAUUGCUGCAACAAGGGUUUGCUUUCUCUGAUCAGAUCAAACUUGAUGCAAAAUUGUACGAGCAAGUUUGGUCAUCAUCCGACUUGAAUCCCGAUACAAUUACAAACGAAAUAAAUAAGCUGUUCAUUUAUAAUCAAACCCAUACAGAGAGUCACAAUUAUUCUGACAAUUUUUUCAAUUUCAACGAGGCAUACGCACGAUCAUCGAGCUCGUCAGGUGGUGGUGGUUUCUUCAUUCCAGGUUUAUUUGGUAUCAGUGGUAAUGGUGCAUCAUCGUCAUCAUCGUCAGACGGUAACUCUAAGACAACAAAAUCCAUCUUUUCAGGAGCUGAAAUCAGACAGUGGCUGUCUCAACAAUCAAUCGAAACUGAAUGGAAAGGUCAAAAAAUCAUUCCCAAAUCUUUCAGUGUCUAUAAACUGAAUGACAUUACGGAUCGACUUCAAGUAGCAAUUGUUGCUAAGCAACUGAUCGCUGAGAGUGAAAAUGGGGCUAUUGUACGGACAAUAAAUAUAAUGAAUAAACCGCUAUCAUUAAAGAGUAUGUAUUCAUGGCCACUUACAGGCGAAAUUAAACUGUACACAGGCAGUGCAUCAUCCUUACCAAAAGACUGGGUGUUCUGUCACGGGCAAGCUCUAUUGCGUGAAGAAUAUCAGCGUUUAUUUUCGGUUAUUGGUGUGUCAUUUGGCUCUGGAAACGGAGAAACAACCUUCAAUGUGCCUGACUUUCGUGGUCGAUUUCCAUUGGGUUUGGAUUCUCGAAGAAACGAAACACCUGGAAUUCGACACAGUGGAGCAGCCACUCGUACUCUCUCGAUUAAUAAUCUUCCUCUUCACGCUCAUGAUAAAGGAAGUUUCGUAACCACUGCGACAGGUAAUCACGGUCAUAGAGUUGAAGAUCCAGGCCACAAUCAUGGUGGUGUCACUGGCGAUGGUCCAUUUUCUAAAGGCCAAUACGCUAUGUUAGGUAGUGGUGGUGGAGGAAACGAUAAUGGAUGGCAUAAACACACGAUCAAUACUGGACUGACAGGCAUCUCCAUCGUUGACAGUGGCAAUCAUGCACAUACGAUCGAAGGAUACUCGGGCACAGUAGGAUCUAAUCAACCAUUUAGCAUCAUGCCUCCAUCGCAAACGAUCGAUUUCAUUAUGUUUGCUGGGUAG